AUGUAUUUCGAUACUGUGUCGAAGGUAUUUGCACUCUCGUUGUACGCGUUAGUACGAUGCUCACCUUACGACGAUGGGAAGUACAGUCCCGAGAAGUACAGAGUCUAUGAUGAUGGAAAGUAUUACAGACCGCUAGAUGAAGGAAAAUAUAUUCCUGGUGACGAAGGAAAGUACACGUAUAUAUACCAGCAAGGGUUAUAUCCAGAAGAUGACGGAGACUACAGAUAUAUCCAUCAGGUUGGACCCAACGGUGGAAAUGGUGGGUUCGGCGGGAAUGGUGGGUUCGGCGGCAAUGGUGGAUACGGCGGAAAUGGGGGUUAUGGAGGAAAUGGAGGCUAUGGUCCGAAUGGGCCUCCGGGACCCAACGGACCUCCAGGACCCAACGGACCUCCGGGCUCCGAUCAGCGUGCUCCUCACAAGAUCGACUACAUUGGCUCCAAAACUUACGCACACCGAUACCCCUACGUUCACAAAGUGAUUAAAGCAUUGGUUGAUAAAUAUGUGUCGCCGGACAUUGUUGACUUCGGUGACGAAUUCGACGGCUCGACAAACCAUUAUAAGAAAGUGUUCGCUGAUAAGGAGAUAGCUGUCAAAUGCAAAUACUUGGAACCUACCAACCAAACGGAGUUUGUGACGCAGUAUCCUCCAACUGUGAAGCUUCCUCACGGAGAAAAGUUCGGGUCUUACUACAGUUUUAGAGGAACUAAAGUUCUAAAUACAAUUGAAAACUCUUUAACGCAUAAGAUAAAGCUGGAGUAUGAAGUAUUUGUAAGAGUCGUAGAUACGUCAGAGUAGAUUAUAUUAAUGUAUAUUUUAACCGUGAUAUUUAUAUUAACGAUCUGGCAAUAAUGUUAUUUAUAUUUUUGUAUAAUAAAAGUAUUAUGAAACAAUGUGUAGAUUAUUUAAUUGAUUAUUGUGCUCUUCUGACUAAGUUUUGGGAUUAGUUUAUUUGAUUAUUUACUUUUUAACAAACAACUAAAUUAUAAUA